GCGGGGCGGGUCUGGCCCAGCCUGGCCCUUGGUCUCCAGUCCAGCCCGGGCGGCAGCGCCGUGAGCAAGGGGAGGGAGACUGCUGCUGGACUCGCUCCGCGCCGCCCGGUGCAGCUCCUGUCCCGGGACUCGGCUCCCCCGGCAGCGAGGCGGCGACAUGGGGCCCUUAGCAUGGUGCUGCCUCUUCCCCGCCCUGCUGGUCUCCCUGCCCCGGGAGUCGCUGGCCGACACCCCGGCCAACUGCAGCUUUGCGGACCUGGAGGGCACCUGGGUCUUCCAGGUGGGCAGGGGGGGCCAGAGCCGGCACAUAAACUGCUCCGAGAUGGGACCUGUGGAAAAAAAAGUAAAGGUGACUCUUCAAAAGCUGGCUGUAGCUCAAGAUGAUCUGGGCAAUUAUGGCUUCUUCACCAUAAUUUACAACCAAGGCUUUGAAGUUGUAAUAAAUGAUUACAAAUGGUUUGCAUUUUUUAAGUACAAAAAGGAAGGCCAAAAUGUAACCAGUUACUGCCAUGAGACCUUCCCAGGAUGGGUGCAUGACGUGCUGGGCCAUAAUUGGGCAUGUUUCAUUGGACAGAAAAUUUCUCCUUCUCCCUCCAGCAUUCGUGUGAAUCAACUCCCUCUCCAGAAACCAAGUGGAAAGUUUUCCAGGAGGCCCUAUGUACACAACUUUGACUUUGUGAAAGCCAUCAAUGCUGUUCAGAAAUCCUGGACAGCUACAAUAUAUAAGGAAUAUGAAACUCUCACCCUGGAAGAACUAACUAGAAGAGCUGGAGGUCCCAAGUCCAGAGCUCCAAGACCGAAGCCUGCACCACUAACACCUGAAAUACUCAAAAAAGUUUCAGCUUUGCCAGAAUACUGGGACUGGAGGAACAUUAAUGGUGUCGACUAUGUCAGUCCUGUACGAAACCAAGCAUCAUGUGGCAGCUGCUAUGCGUUUGCUUCUAUGGGCAUGUUAGAGGCAAGAAUUCGUAUCCGCACUAACAAUUCUCAGAGACCAAUCUUGAGUCCUCAACAGGUUGUGUCUUGCAGCCAUUAUUCUCAAGGCUGUGAUGGUGGAUUCCCAUACCUCAUUGCUGGGAAAUACGUCCAAGAUUUUGGUGUGGUUGAAGAAGACUGUUUCCCUUACACGGCCACGGAUUCUCCAUGCACUGUUAAGCGGAACUGUUCCCACUACUAUACCUCUGAAUACCACUAUGUUGGUGGGUUUUAUGGAGGCUGCAAUGAAGCCCUGAUGAAACUUGAACUUGUUCUUUAUGGGCCACUAGCUAUUGCUUUUGAAGUGUAUACUGAUUUCAUGACCUAUAGAAAAGGAAUCUACCAUCACACUGGGCUGCAGGAUGAGUUCAACCCCUUUGAGUUGACCAAUCAUGCUGUAUUGCUCGUGGGCUAUGGCAAAGAUCCAGAUACUGGUGAGAAGUUCUGGAUAGUGAAAAACAGCUGGGGAAGCUCCUGGGGAGAAAAUGGUUACUUCAGGAUCCGUCGGGGCACAGAUGAAUGUGCAAUUGAAAGUAUAGCAGUGGCUGCAACUCCUAUUCCAAAAUUAUAAAGCAAAACUUUUUCUCCAGUGCCUCAUUUCUAAGCAGCAAAUUCCUGAGCCAUAAGAUUGUACUGAUUAUAUUAUGUACUUGGAAAUUUUUACUGCAGUAUGUUAAAGCUUCAAAAUGAGUUUUAAUGAGAUUUUUUUUUAGCACAAUGUGAGCAGUUUUCACUCUCUACCACUAAGGACACUUCCAAAUUCUGCUUCUUGUUUGAUACACAAAGAUACACUUCUUAUGAACAGAGGCUGGCAGUAAAUUCUCUAAGAAUGCAAUUGUCAUUAGAUUAACAAUGGUGGUUAUCCAUCAUUCUGUAAAGUCCCAAUCUUUAUUUUCUUCUCCUUGGAUAAUCUUAAAACCAGAUCUUAGAAGGCAAUGAUUGUUACAAUAAUCUAUAAUUACUUAAAGGGACACUUUUUAACAUAUUGUGCCUUAAUCCUGGGAAAUCAGGGAAGCAUUUUAAAAUUGGACAUAUUAAGUGUGCAUCAGAGGGUGAUUACACUGUGACUAAAGGGAAAUUUUAAAGCUUUAAGUGUUUGGCAAACAUGCAAGAAAAAUGUCAGAUGUCAAACUCUCUGAACUUCAAAGUUUGUUUUACACAUUGGGCUUUCACUAUAUUUAUGUGGCUUUUUUAAAAGGUUCCUUUUUAAUGAAUGUCAUUUGAAUUCAAUUGCAAGCUGAUCCUCAAUAAAAAAAAUCUGACUCUGUUGCUGUAGGAGUUGUUCCUUA